AUCUUGGUAUAGCGUCUGUGGAGAUGACAGAGUUGUGUAUGUGAGGAUGAGGAGAAUUCGCUUCUCCAAUGGCAGCAGCACCUCUGCUUUGCUUGGAACAACUACUUUUCCAUUCUCCAAUUACACAAAAUCUUGUUCAGUAAAACCCAAAUCUUUUCUAAAGUUGUUUCCUUCAAGAAAACCCCAUUUCACUACAACCCAUUAUAGAUUAGUUACAACAGCUCAAUAUUCUUCUUAUACCUCUCAUGUUCUACCAACACCUCAAACUAACAACCUUUCUGGAGGUGAUGGACAAAAUGGGUAUCCAAUGAAGGAUUCGAAAGUGGUUUUGAAAGGGAUGAGAUAUACUGAUCUUGAGAAAUGGGUUCAGUCACAUGGUUAUAAGCCUGGGCAGGCACUGAUGUUAUGGAAACGUCUGUAUGGGGAUAAUAUUUGGGCUCAAAGCAGUGAGGAACUAGAAGGUUUGAAUAAAGAUUUCAGGAAAAUGUUGAGUGAACAUGCUGAAUUUAAGAUGUUAAACUUGAUAGAAAUUCUGACAGCGUCUGAUGGAACUAAAAAGAUGUUAUUCAAGUUGGAAGAUGAUCUGGUAAUAGAAACUGUUCUGAUACCUUGUGAGCGGGGCAGGAACACCGUCUGUAUAUCUAGUCAAGUAGGUUGUGCCAUGAAUUGCCAGUUUUGCUACACUGGCAGAAUGGGUCUGAAGAGAAAUUUAUCUACUUCUGAGAUAGUUGAGCAGGCUGUCUUAGCUCGACGGUUAUUAUCCAGUGAAGUUGGGCCAAUUAGCAAUGUUGUGUUUAUGGGAAUGGGAGAACCACUUCACAACAUUGAGAAUGUCAUAAAAGCUGCAGACAUAUUGGUCGAUGAACAAGGACUUCAUUUUAGUCCUCGAAAGGUCACCGUUUCUACAAGUGGGCUCGUGCCCCAGCUUAAGCGCUUUCUUCGCGAGUCUAAUUGUGCUUUGGCAGUCAGUUUGAACGCUACAACUGAUGAGGUCAGAAGCUGGAUCAUGCCAAUUAACCGCAAAUUUAACUUGAACUUGCUUCUUGGAACACUAAGAGAGGAGCUUCAAUCAAAACAUAAGUACAAAGUUCUGUUUGAGUAUGUAAUGCUUGCUGGAGUUAAUGAUAGUGUUGAGGAUGCAAAGAGACUAAUCUAUCUUGUCCAGGGCAUUCCAUGCAAGAUUAACCUGAUCACUUUUAACCCUCAUUCUGGAUCCUUCUUCAAACCGACUAAAAAAGAGAAGAUACUCGAGUUCAGAGACAUCCUCGCUGAAGCAGGAUGUGUCGUGCUUUUCCGAUGGAGUAGAGGAGACGAUCAAAUGGCCGCCUGUGGUCAGCUAGGUAAACCAGGUGAAAUCCAAGCUCCCAUGCUUCGAGUGCCUUCUCAAUUUCAAGCAGUCUUGGAAGCUGCAGUGUGAUUUCGGGUGCUAAUUUCCAUGCAUGUUCGUUUUGGUUUGUCCAAAAUGCCGCCAUGUUUCAAUGUGUAUGCCUCUCCUGAAAUUCAAUCUAUUGAAUCUAGUCUUUAGUGAGUCUUGUCCAAGUUAGAGAGUGUAUGCAGUACUUUUAGGCUUGUAAUCUUUAUAAUUUUCUUUUUAACUCGGAUUAAUGGAUUUGCAAUUCAGAAAGCUGUGAGGGCUUGAUAUUGGAAGUAGUGGCAUGUUAAA